AUGGAGAUAUGUCCACGAAUCCAAAAUUCCUAUGUCAUUGGUGUGAUAUCCUUAGUUCUUAUGUUGGGAUCACUAAAUGUGAAGGUAGCACAAUGCAGAGUAGCCAGUAAAUUGGUUAACAUUGAAUACCCUGCCAUAAAUUGUCGAAAACAUAGUGCAGUUUUGACAGAUUUUGGUGGGGUUGGUGAUGGCAAAACCUCAAACACAAAGGCCUUUCAAUCUGCAAUAAGCAAACUCAGCCGAGUUGCAUCUGAUGGGGGUGCACAACUUAUUGUGCCACCUGGGAAAUGGCUUACAGGAUCCUUUAAUCUCACAAGUCAUUUCACUCUUUUUCUCCACAAGGAUGCUGUUAUUCUUGCAUCUCAGGAUGAAUCAGAAUGGCCCCAACUUCCUGUAUUACCUUCAUAUGGAAGAGGAAGAGAUGCUCCCGGAGGAAGGUUUAGCAGUCUAAUUUUUGGAACUCACCUCACAGAUGUUGUAAUAACUGGUCAAAAUGGUACUAUUGAUGGGCAAGGAUCUUAUUGGUGGGACAAGUUCCACAAGAACCAAUUGAAUCUCACCAGGCCAUACAUGAUUGAGAUCAUGUACUCUGAUCAAAUCCAAAUAUCAAAUCUCACUUUGGUCAACUCCCCAUCCUGGUUUGUCCAUCCAAUUUACAGCAGUAACAUAACAAUAAAAGGGCUUACCAUUCUCGCACCAGUGGACUCUCCAAACACAGAUGGAAUUGACCCAGAUUCAUGUACAAACACUAGGAUUGAAGACUGCUACAUUGUUUCUGGUGAUGAUUGUGUGGCAGUAAAAAGUGGUUGGGAUGAGUAUGGAAUUAAAUUUGGAAAGCCAACUCAACACCUAGUCAUUAGAAGGCUCACAUGUAUUUCCCCUGAUAGUGCCAUGAUUGCUUUAGGGAGUGAAAUGUCUGGUGGAAUCCAAGAUGUUAGAGUUGAAGAUAUCACUGCCAUCAACACUCAAUCAGCAGUUAGAAUCAAAACAGCAGUUGGUAGAGGUGGAUAUGUUAAAGACAUAUUUGUCAAAGGAAUGACCCUCAGCACCAUGAAAUAUGUAUUUUGGAUGACUGGCUCUUAUGGAUCACACCCUGACCCUGCCUUUGAUCCCAAAGCACUUCCUAAUAUUACUGGAAUAAAUUACAGAGAUGUUGUUGCAACGAAUGUCACAUAUUCUGCAAAACUUGAAGGAAUUUCUAAUGACCCUUUCACAGGAAUCUGCAUUUCUAAUGUGAGUAUCCAAGUGAGUGAACAAAAGAAGAAGCUUCAGUGGAAUUGCACUGAUGUUGCUGGAGUUACGAGCAAUGUCACUCCUAACACUUGUCAAUUGUUGCCAGAGAAAGGGAAAUUCGAUUGUCCUUUUCCCAAUGACAAACUGUCCAUUGAAAAUGUUCAGUUGAAGACUUGUUCCCUUCAGAAUGUCUUCUAG